AUGUUCUCGAUAGCUGCCAUCUCGGUGGGCUCCAAUAUAUUUUUUAUUUUGGCCCUGCUCACCAUUUCCGUGCUUGUGCUGCUCGUCCUCCGACGCUUUCUUACACUGCGAGCUACCCCGGCAUAUUUGUCCAUUCCUGUUUUCCUGGCACUCGCUCUCCCCGCCAGUGUAGUCCUUCUAGUUCCGAUUGACCUAGCCUCCAGCUCGCGUGAUGGCGGCGGUCCCAGAGCAAUUUGGCUUCCUGAACGCCUCCUCCUGGUGUCCUGGCGCAUCGCCUACUGGCUGAUCUUUGUCCUCACAUGGGCUAUCCUACCCUUACUUGGUGAAUAUAUCGACUCCGGAUAUCGCGAUGCUAGAAGCCGCAUCCAAUAUUCCGUCCGUUCCAAUGCGCGGUACCAGAUGAUUGUGCUCGGCUGUGCGACAGUCGGGCUGAUCUAUAUUUCCAUCCAAAAUGGGUUCGAGUUCUCCACCAUCAAAGCUCUUGUCAUGGCUCUCGCAUAUGUCUGGGGUCUCGUCCUUGCGAUUUACCUAAUGGGCCACGGGCUGGUCUCGAUCCCGCGUACCUUGUUCCGCAAUGCCAGUGCGAGUGGCAGGCUAAGGAGGCUUCAGGCACACGCGCCACUGCUGCAUGACCGCCUGAUGGACGCCAUCAACGAUCUGGAGAGCCUCGAGGCUCAGGUAGCACAGCUACAGCAUCGCAAAACAGGUACCGCACGCGAUUUCCAGGACUGGAUAGAAGAACUUGCCGAGACUUCGACUCCACCAGAGCUUCGGACUGGACUUCUUGAGCCCUCCAGCAUUUCUGGCACUAUUCCAGCUGUAAUCACUGAACGCUACCUAGCAGAUCUGACAAGACGCCUUCAACGAGCGAGGCACCGGAAGGCCCGCUUCGUGGAUGAGUGGGAUCGGUUAAUCCUGACUGCUGCCGAUCUUCAAGCGAUCAUGAACUCAUCCGCAUCGAAAAAGCUCGAGUUUGGUCAUUACUCCCAGCGAUCGACCUCCCCGCUCCCAAAGAUUCUUACUCCUUACAUGCGCUAUCAAUUGUAUGUGAAUUUUUAUCCAAACUUACGUCUGGUUCUCGGGGCGCUCUUUGCGGCUGCUUCUAUUUGUGUUGUCUGGUCCGAGUUGAUCAAAUCCAUUGCGCCUCGGCUAUCGGUGGUAGCACUGUCUAUCGUUUCAUACCAUGAUGGCGUUACGCCCAUUGGGUUUGGGAGGCAAGUCAUUGCCUCCAUGUGGCUGUUGUAUAUGUGCUCUGCUGCAUUGGUUGGUGUCAAUGAUGCCAAGGUCUGGGGCAAUCGAGCACUAGUCCGUCGCAAUACGUAUGGGGAAAGCGCAUGCUGGUAUGCGGGCCUAGUUGCGAGGCUUACCGUACCCAUCGCAUACAACUUUCUGACAUUCCUGCCGAAGGAUGUGCAGAAAAGUACUACAUUCUACCGAUUCCUUGGCCAAUGGAUCGUCCUCACCCCACUCGGUCAGGGAUUUGAUUACUUAUUUCCAGUAUUCAUUUUGAUCCCCAUUGGGGCCACCCUUUUCAACCUCUACGGUCGUGUAAAAAACAUCUGCGGGUUUGGUCUUUUGGAAGAAGACGAUGAGGACCUUGAAAAUAACCCUAGUGGUUACGGAAUCGGUGGUUGGCGAGAAGGUCGAGAGCUGAUUGAGCGAGAGCUCAACGGCCUUGGCUCGCUGGGACUUUCUGCGCGCAAUGCGCGGUCAUCUCGACAGCCGACGAAUGUUGACGGAGAUACGCAAGCAUUCUCAACCUCACGCACGCCCUUGGUCGAGGCCACACGGCCGUCGCGGUCUACACGGGGUGCUGUUGCCACCUCUUCGUCUGUAGAAGAGGAUGAGGAGGAUAGCUUUUUUCAGUCCUUUGCGCACCGUGUGAGGAAUACAAUCGAGACGGCCAGCCGGCCACAGUGGCUUCAAGGCGAUCCGUUCCAACUGCCCCGGUGGAUGAGCAACGAUGGCAGCAGCGACGGAAACAGCGGCCUCGGGCGAUGGUUCGGCGGCCGUCCUGCCAAUGGCAGAGUACAAAUAUGA